CAGCUGAGUGUUCGUUGUGAGUUGUUGUUACCACAACUAUGGCACGUACCAAGCAAACGGCUCGCAAGUCCACUGGUGGCAAGGCGCCCCGCAAGCAGCUUGCUACAAAGGCAGCUCGCAAGUCUGCUCCAGCCACUGGAGGUGUCAAGAAACCCCACCGUUACAGGCCUGGAACCGUUGCUCUCCGUGAGAUCCGCCGUUAUCAGAAGAGCACUGAGCUGCUUAUCAGGAAACUGCCUUUCCAGCGCCUGGUGCGUGAAAUUGCUCAGGAUUUCAAGACUGACCUCCGCUUCCAGUCCUCUGCUGUCAUGGCUCUCCAGGAAGCUUCCGAGGCUUACCUCGUGGGUCUGUUUGAGGAUACCAACCUGUGCGCCAUCCAUGCCAAGCGCGUGACUAUCAUGCCAAAGGACAUCCAACUGGCUCGUCGCAUCCGUGGCGAGCGUGCCUAAGAAGUCAUCCACGAAUGAUCUUCAUAACAGCAAUAUCUAGGCCCUUUU